UGGUGUACUUCCUCCGCAUAUGUUCACGAUGCUGCAGCUGCUGACAUUCUUGGAGGAGAAGGUCUCCCUUCUUUUCAAGUUCAAACUCUUUGACUCCAGCUGGUUAGAAAGCCGGCAGCGGGAGCGCGCUGAGCGACGCACUCCAUCGCCACCCCUUCGCAGGGGAGACGUGCUAGAGGUUCCCAGAUCCAUCUUCACUCACUUCGGCAUCUAUUUAGGCGACAACAAAGUAGCCCACCUGAUUCCAGACAUCCUCCCCGUGCUCACGAGCAACGACAAGCUCAUCAGCUCUGUCAUCACAAACGAGAGGCUCAUCCUCGGCUGCAUAUACAGGUGUGCCAUGGUGCGCGUAGACACGCUGGAGGACUUCGCGUAUGGCGCCAGCAUCCUCGUGAACCAUGUUGAUAAGAUGAUGAAGACGCCACCUCUGCCCGACGUCGCCAAGAGAGCUGAAAAACUCAUAGGAGCCUUUCCGUACAGUUUACUGUGGAGUAACUGUGAACACUUCGUGACGUACUGCAGGUACGGAGCAGCAAGGAGCCGGCAAACAGAGCAGUUCUGUGAGGUUCUAAAAUCAAUCAUCAGGGACCAGCGCACUGUUAUCGUUUCCGGGCUGCUUGGAAUUAUCUCUGUUGUUUACUUUGGUAUAGCACCUUUAACUACAUUACCCACAAUUCUGAUUCCCUUCACUCUCUGGAUGGCUGGUUAAAAGAGCUCAAGGCAAGAAGCCAAUAAAGAAGAUGAACGUUUACUUGGCAAAACCUCCCUGAACACUGAACUCCAGCUUCAUGCUUUGUCACAGUUCUCUGAUUUCACUGGCCAACAGUGUUUGAUGUAUUAUGUUGUUACUGCAUCAUUAGUUUCUUAUUUUACUCUCAAAAUGUGGGGACUAAACUGAUUUCUUUAUUAGAAGAAUCGGUGAGUUAUUUUUGCUAACA